CGUCCAAAACCUUCAAUGCUUCCUUUUCUUCAUCUAUUCCUCAUUCACAGUUCUUUCAUCGAUCAAUCAAAGAAACCCAAUUCUCUCCCAGUCUCUCUCUUUCUGCCCCGAAAUUCUCAUCAAACAAGCAAGAUCCCCUUCUUAUUUUCUUUUCUCUGCUGAUUCAUUUGUGUUUUCAAACGUUUUUGUAACCAUGGAUUUGAGCAACAAGAAUUCAAAAUCAGUUACUCCUUUGAAAGAUCCUCAUGGAUUUAAAUCAAAGGUUCAAGAAAUAUCCAAAAUCUCUGAGAAUUCAAAUCCCAACGUUUCCUAUUCAAGCCCGGGUGCAAAACACACAAAUUCCCCCAUAUUCAAAUCUGCAAAAUCCCAAAAAUCAGCGUCAAAAAAUCUAUUCGUCAGUCAUAAUGCAGUCCCUUACUCCCCUAGAAACAAGAUCAGGGAAAGGAAGUUUGUGGUGGCAAAGAAGAAUUCAAAGAAGGAAAAUGUCGAUUCAACUUCAACGGUGGGCUGCAAGUGCAAAGAGAGAUUUGGAGGUAAUGUAAAAAAGUGUGUGUGUGUGGCCUAUGAGACAUUAAGAGCUUCACAGGAGGAGUUUUUCAAGAAACGAGAUAGCAUAGGGGAGAAAGGCGAAAUGGACAAAGAAAAGGCCAGUGAUUAUAAAUCUGAGAGUGAAGUUGAAGAGAAGGAGAUAGAAAAGGGAUUUAUGGCUCAAAUGGAGGAGGCUGAAAGUGGGUAUGGUUCGGAUAACCAAAGUUUGGGUGAGAGUGAGCAAUCAGGUGAAGUUGGUAUUUCUACAAUUAAAAGGAGGAGAGACAGGCAGCUUGAACAAGCAAGAAAAAGUGUACCUGAAUCCGGGAUAGUGAUGCAUCUGGUUAAGGCUUUUGAGCAGCUACGGACGGUACCAGAUUCCAAGGGAUCUGGCAAGAACGAAGAGGAGAAUACUAAGGAGGAGAAAAAGAAGGCAAUGCUAUGGGAACUGCCUGGAUUGCAAAAUCCUAAAAUGCCUGAGAUUCAGAUUAAUUCUUCAUUUUCAAUUCCUGAAUUUCAGACAUGUAAGGUGCCCGAAACACAGGUUUCUCCUUCUUCAUUAUGCCCAUCAGAUUUGUUUCUGACUUCUGAGAAUCUGGGUUUGGAUCCAAGGCUUUCUGUUUCAUCAUCAUGGGACAGCAGUCACGGCAGUAUUUAUAGCAGGACUUCAAAUGGAGGUCGGACAAGCAGAAGAAAUAGCUCUGAGUCAUGCGAAACAAUGGGGGGAAGCAGAUGGAAGAAGAAGCAACUGAAAAUUACAUGUCAAAAGCCAUUCAAGCUAAGAACAGAGCAAAGAGGAAUAAAGAAGGAGGAGGAAUUCAUGAAAAAGUUGCAGAAAAUUAUGAGUGAGGAGGAGAAGCAGCGGAUUCCUAUUGCACAAGGUCUUCCUUGGACAACAGAUGAACCAGAGUGUCUAAUCAAACCUCGAGUAAAAGAGAACACAAGGCCCAUUGACCUUAUGCUCCAUAGUGAUACUCGGGCAGUGGAGAGAGCUGAGUUUGACCAGCAGGUAGCUGAGAAAUUAAGCCUCAUUGAACAAUACAAGAUGGAAAGAGAGAGGCAGCAAAAGAUUGCACAAGAGGAAGAAAUAAGCAGAUUGAGGAAGGAGCUUGUUCCAAAAGCACAGCCCAUGCCUUAUUUUGACCGACCCUUCAUUCCCAGAAGGUCAACGAAGCAUCCAACAGUUCCGAAGGAGCCAAAGUUUCACAUACCCCAACAUAAGAAGAUUAAAUGCUGUUUAUCAUGGAACGACCUCAGCACAUUUACUUACCAACAGUGAAGCAACAGAAGCAACCGAUUUAUCAUUCCUUGCCAUGAUUCUUUUUCCCCCUUUGCCUCAUUCAAUAUUCUUUUCAAUAUCUUCUGUACAUAAAGCAAUAAAUUUAGUUGAGAUUCAAACC